GUAUCAGACCGCCAUCUUGAUUCUCUGGAAAGAGUGUUGGUGUUCUUUGCAGAAAUGGCUACUGGGGUCAAAGACAUUCAAUUCAAAGACCUGGAGGUCGAAGAAGUAGAAGUAACAUCAGCCGUUUUGAUGGGAGGUGCCCAUCAUCUUGGGCAGUACUGUGAUAAGGAUUUCAAGAACUUCAUGGGCUGUCGAUAUGGCCACAAGGACCCGCGUAAGUGCUUGGACGAAGGAAAGCAAGCAACAAAAUGUGCCCUAGGUUACUUUAAGAAGCUUAAGGAUCAUUGCAAUGACGUCUUCACCAAACAUUGGACUUGUCUUGACUACAACAACCAGGAAUUUGGUUAUUGCCGGGCGACGCAGAAGAAAUUUGAUGCCUGCGUCUUGGAAAAGCUUGGAUUGGAAUGCACACAGCCUGUUCAUCUUGAACUGUACGAUUGAUUUGGGUUGUUUUUUAUCAGUUGAUAUAUAGGUUGAAAGUUGAUCUAUAUGACACCCUUAACUUUAAAUUGUGAUGAGCACGAAAAAAAUCUGACUUGUGAUGGUUUUAAAAGUGUUUCUGUAAUCACUUACAGUGUGUCCAGGCAAAAUGUAUAUAAUGUACAUUUAAGGAUGCAUAUGCUGUUUGCAGGAAAUUGUUGGAUGUUUUCGUAAAGGAAUAAAGUUUUGGUGGACUAUCUUUUGAAAA